CUCCUUCAUCCAUGAACACCGUUUAUUGAGCAAGAAACUGAAUGUGUACAAAAUGGAUGAAGAACAUUUGACUUGUGCCUGAAAACCGUUCCUCCACACGCCUGUUCGCAUGUAAACACACUGGCAUUCCAACAUGCAGAACAAGUACCAAAAUCCAACUCCUGGGAACAUGACUGGAAUAUACCUGGGAAUGAGAGGCUCUCCUCCCCGAUUCAACCACCUUGCUGCUAUACCACCCCUUUUUCGUCGGCUGAGCUAUUGUCGAGCCAAAACCUCAGUGGAACAUCAACGUUUUAGAAAAAUUGAAAUGCUGAGAGUGAUUGAACCUGCACAAGGUUUCAAAGGUGCUGCAGUCAAGGCAAAGGUGAAGUCUGUCAAUCCAGAAGUCGAGUUGCUCCACCAACGCCGCAGUCGAUCCACUGUGCUGACUGCAGAGGAGCUGAGCAAAUUGGCAAGUAAAGUCUUGAAGGAUUUCGGAAGUCCAAGAGCAAACAACAGCGUCAAUUUGAGUGGAGGAAACGUAAGUUUCAGGCUGCAAAGUGGUCGGGGAAAGCUUCCCAAGAGCACUCGCCAACCAAGCAUCCAAGAAUUAUCAGUGGUCACAAGUUGUGGCCGAAGCAAUGACCACUGCAGGACAACAUUACCAAAGCAGGAAUACACUGGGAUCAAACCGCGGCGGAAGGAGAUAAGUGAGAGUGUGAAGCUGAGUCAGUCUGUGAGAAGGAAUCCCACCCGGCCACGGAGAAGCAUUAAGGCCCAGCAUCUGGCUUUGAACAGGUGCCUUCAGAGCUCUCAGUUAUUCACGAGGACAGACCAGGCCAACAGAACCGCAAGGAUAUGCUCACAGAACCCUACCGAGGACAGGUUGCUGUUGCCAUCAUCGUUUAUCAGUGGCAGUCCAUUUCUUCUUCCACGGAUGUCGUCGUCUCUGGGAAAGGUCCACCUGGCCGGCCAAUGGGGAUACAAGAUGCCGAGACUGAAUACAGCUUUGGGGAAUGAUCUAGUUUCUAGGACAUUGGAGCUAAAACAGAGGAGAGAUGCCAACGACCCCAGCAAAGCGGUCAGUUAG